UCCAGCCCUCUGUAGCCACACUCGUUUCCUGCCUCCCUUGCCCAAGAGCAGUCUCCAAGUGUCGGUCUCGCGAGCCCAAUAGCUAGAACCCAGAAUACAAGCCCAGAACUGCUUCCACUUCGUGAAGAAAGAGAGAAACAUGUCUUACGCACCCGACGGCCGCCUCCUGUCGCCUGGUGAGGUAUAUGAAGCCGCGCCCGUGCAGGUCAAGGACGACGAGUGGCAAGAGGACCUGAAUGUUGCUUUGAUCUGCCCCGACUGCAAAGAGAACCCUCCCAAUCUGGUAGAGGAGUUCAGUGCUGGCGAUACAAUCUGCGGCUCAUGUGGUCGCGUCCUCGCCGACAGGAUCAUCGACACCCGCUCGGAAUGGAGAACCUUCUCUAAUGAUGGCAAGCGCAUGCUAACAUGGUAUUCAGACCAAGGUAACGAUGAUCCAUCACGUAUUGGUGACGCUGCCAACCCCCUUCUGCACGGCUCCCAGCUUCAGACUGAGAUCGGUUUCGGUGACGGCGGCAUGAGGGUUCGCGAUCUUUCCAGGGCUCACAACAAGAGCAACCACGACAAGGUCAACAAGGCGCUGCAGGCUGCCUACGGUCAGAUCACAGCGCUCUGUGACAGUCAGAACAUUAGCAGACCGACGGCCGAAACGGCCAAGAUGCUCUACAAGAUGACGGACGACGCCAAGCUGUUCAAGGGCAAGUCACAGGACGCCAUCAUCGCCGGCUGUAUCUUCAUAGCCUGUCGAAAGCACGACCAGCAGCGCAGUUUCCGCGAAAUCUUCAAAAUGACCAACGUGUCCAAGAAGGAAGUCGGCCGCACCUUCAAAGUUCUCGAAGCUUUUAUUCAGAAAUCGCAGAACAGCGGUCCAUCAGUCGCCGGAAAUGGAGCUGUCAUCGACACAGUCAACCUUCUCAACCAAAAAGGUGGCACCACUGCCACCAGCGCCGCCAGCCUCAUGCCUCGUGCCUGUGCCAAGCUGGCUUUGGGUACCCAGGUCCAAAUGGUGGCCGAAGAGUGCGCCGACCAGGUUGCUCACUAUGGUGUCGCAGCCGGUCGAUCUCCUUUGUCUAUCGCUGGUGCUUGUCUCUACCUGGUCUCACAUCUCAUGGGCCAGCCCAAGUCACCAAAGGAAAUCGGCCUCGCCGUCGAAGUCAGCGACGGUACCAUUCGUACCGCAUACAAACUCAUGCAUAUGGAGCAGGAUAAGAUCAUCAAGGAUGAAUGGAUUGCAAAGGGUGGUGACCGAUCUAGGAUCCCUGCUGCUUAG